AUGGAGUGUGUUUUCGUCUUCUUUUUCGUCCUCUUUAUUGCCAACGUCGUCUUCAGCACUAUGCUUGCCUUUUUGAUGGUGGGCGUCGUCAACACCGACUGGGGCAUUGCGCCUGAAGACAAUAUUGAGGAAAAAGACUUGUUCAUGUUGGACACUAGGCCCAUUGUCAGUGGAAGAGAUCAACGUCGAUGGUGGAAGCAAGGCAAGACGGAGCAAUAA